CUACGAAGCAGAAAUUGUCUCCUCUGUCCCUCUCCUUCCUUCCCUCCCUUCCUCCCUCUUUCUCCCCCGAAAGCAGUUCCAAAAACCUCAUAAAACCUCCUCCCCAAGUUGUAGAGAGAGAAACUGAACUUCAUCUAGAGAGAGAGAGAGAGAGAGACUCAAAAUUUGAGUCACGAGUUGGGGGAAAUGACGACUCAGCUUCCGGAUGAUUUCAAGUGUCCGAUUUCUCUUGAAAUAAUGUCCGACCCGGUAAUCCUGUCAUCGGGUCACACCUUUGACCGUGCUUCUAUCCAGCGGUGGCUAGACUCCGGCCAUCGUACUUGCCCAAUCACUAAAUUACCCCUUCCUGAACACCCUCCUCUCAUUCCCAACCAUGCUCUUAGAAGUCUGAUUUCCAAUUAUACCCUCCUCUCUCCACGAAAAUCACAGCCUAACCAAACGCAGUCGCCAUCUGAAAAACCACAAGCUCAAACCCUAAUCGCCAAUCUCACUUCUCCAUCUUCGCCUAUGAACUCCAAGCUCGACUCGCUUUCCCAGCUCACCAGACUCACCAAACUCGACCAUGCCCUUCGCCGCCAGCUGACCGAGUCUGGAGCCGUGUCUGCUGUUCUCAACUGUGUCAAUUCACCAGAGUCGGUUCUCCAGGAGAAAGCCCUAUCUCUAUUACUAAAUAUCUCACUCGACGACGAUAACAAGGUGGGUUUAGUAGCGGAAGGGGCAAUUGGUCGUGUCGUCGCGGUUCUCCGGGCUGGCUCGUCUGAUAGCCGUGCCAUAGGCUGCACUAUCUUGACUAGUCUGGCAGUCGUAGAAGUGAACAAAGCGACAAUCGGAUCAUACCCGAAUGCGAUUCAGGCGUUGGUUGCACUACUAAAUUAUGGCAAAGGUAGAGAGGUGAAAGAAGCAGCAACGGCGUUGUAUGCUAUCUGUUCUUUUCCUGAUAAUAGAAGGCGGGCUGUGGAAUGCGGGGCAGUGCCCAUUUUGGUAAGGGUAGGCAGUAUGGGGCUGGAGAGAGCAGUAGAAGUCUUGAGUGUUUUGGUGAAGUGUAAGGAAGGGAGAGAGGAAAUGGGUCGGAUUGGUGGAUGUCUGAGGGUUUUGGUGAAGGUGAUUAAAAAUGGAAGCCAGAGAGGAGUUCAGUGUGGGCUUUUCACUUUGAAUAUUUUGUGUUGUUACAGUGAGGAAUUUUGUGGGAAAGCCAUGAGGGAAGGAAUUCUGGAGGUAUGUCUAGGGCUGGUGGAGGGUGAAAAUGAGAAGAUAAGGAGAAAUGCUUCAAGUUUGGUGCAAACGCUAACUGGUUGUCGGUUGAUGGAGUGAUUGAGGUAGCUGUCGGUUAUGGAUGGAGGUGAGUUGGGGACUUUUGGGUUUGUAUUUUUUUGGUAUGGAUUCUCUCCUUUGUUGGAUGGUUCUGUUCUGUGUACAAAUGAAAGAAAAAGAUUAGUUUGAUGAGGAUAUGCUCCUUUAAAAAAAAUUUUGUACAUUUAAUAAAUUACUCUCUGAAUCCAAAAUGUUGCAAUAGAAAAGGUUUCAAAUUGUUACUUAAAAUUGUAAUAUAUCACAAUUUAGAAAAUUUUCUCUCAACCGCGUUAGAUUUAUUUUCCCUGCU